AUGAGGAUGUGUGACAGAGGUGUUCAGAUGCUUAUCACCACUGUGGGGGCCUUCGCAGCUUUUAGUCUGAUGACCAUAGCGGUGGGCACGGAUUAUUGGCUGUAUUCCAGAGGGGUCUGUAAAGCGAAAUCUACCAAUGACAAUGAAACCAGCAAGAAGAACGAAGAGGUGAUGACUCACUCGGGAUUAUGGAGAACCUGCUGCCUUGAAGGAGCCUUCAGAGGAAUGUGCAAGAAAAUUGAUCAUUUUCCGGAGGAUGCAGAUUACGAGCAGGACACUGCAGAGUAUUUACUACGUGCGGUGAGGGCUUCCAGUAUCUUCCCUAUCCUCAGUGUCGGCCUUCUAUUCUUCGGGGGUCUCUGUGUUGCGGCCAGUGAGUUUUACAAAAACAAGCACAAUGUCAUUCUCAGCGCAGGGAUCUUCUUUGUCUCUGCAGGCCUGAGCAACAUUAUUGGAAUAAUUGUCUAUAUUUCUGCCAAUGCCGGAGACCCUGGCCAGAGUGACUCCAAGAAGAGCAACUAUUCUUAUGGCUGGUCCUUUUAUUUCGGGGCCCUGUCAUUCAUUAUUGCUGAAAUGGUUGGAGUUUUAGCUGUACACAUGUUUAUCGAAAAGCAUCGGCAAAUAAGAGCCAAAUCCCAUUCCGACUUCUUCAAGAAAUCUACCUUUACCCGGAUACCAAGCUACCGGUAUCGUUUCCGCCGGCGUUCCAGCUCCCGAUCUACAGAGCCUCGCUCUAGAGAUCCUUCCCCCGUAGGCAAAAGUUUUAACGCCAUUCCUACCAGCGAUAUCUCCCUCUACACGUUAACCGGCCGAGACCCUACCAAGAUAACUGUUGGCUCUUUACUCAAUUCUGAAAGGGAGCAUAAUUUUCUUCAAGUUCACAAUUCCAUCCCCAAAGACUACAAGGAGUCCCUACACAACAACCCUUCCAAUAGGCGCACAACACCGGUCUGA